AUGAAACACCUCGCGACGACGCACGUAGGCGCCGCGAACAAGCUCCGUUCCUUCGCCGCGGACCGCCUGUUCGUUGCCAUUUCGACGAACUACUGCAGCAGCAUCUUCGACUUGAUAGCCAAGAAAAAGGAGCAGUCGGAGAAGAGGCCUAAAAAGGGGAGUUGCCUGCAAAAUGGGAAAGCCAGUGGGGAUGAUGACCCCCCCCAGGGGGAUGUCACCAAAUGGAGGACACACCCAAACGGGGUGAAUAUACGCAUCAGCAGAGCAGCAAAAGGAGAAAAACUUCUACAGGAAGGAACUCCAGUGACGGGGGAAGCAUCCUCCAUAUUGGAUAGCCACGAAAAAUGGGAAAAAGGAACACUUAAGGAGCUUCCCAAUCUGGAGGACAUCCCCAUGGGAGAGGAACCCCUGCACAACAAUAAGGGGUACCUGCUGAAGUACAUAAGGCAGUUGCAACCAAAUGACAGCAUCAAGAGGUAUAGACUUGCAACAAAAUACGUGGUGAAAAAUGUGAGCAGAUUUCACGAAAAUGAAUUGCUCUUCAUAUUAAAAAUAUUUGCAAAGAGAAAAUACAAAAACUUACCCCUCCUGCAGUGUACCAGUGAGUAUUUCUACUGGCAAUGCAAAAUGAAUAAAGGGUCCCAGAGGAGCAUCUCCCACUACCUUCAUUUAUGUGGCCUACUAAAUUAUGUGCCAACGAGGGAGUACAUAAAAACGUAUAUAACCCUGUUUAACUACUGUAAGGGGGAAGAGCGAAAGGAUAGUAGCUUCCUCUUCUUCAAUCUAAUCGAAGAGGAGAUAAAUGAACGCCACAAAGAUUUGAAGCAUAUCAUUUUGGUACUCUCCUUUUUACACAAAGGGAAAAUAAAAAAUGAAACAUUCGAUGUGUUGCUACACAUGUGUUGCCACUACGCUUGUCAUUUGUCCUUGAGGGACACCUUCCUCCUCCUGAGGGUUAUCCUAACGGAGGAGAGCUGGAGGAACAAUUCGGACUGCAUAAAAGACCUGCACCGGAAUGUAGAGAGGCACUUCGAAAAGAUAACCCAGGGAGACUUUACCAGUUAUGUGAAGAUGCUUCUGCAUAAUCAUGUCCCCUUAGAACAAACCUUUUUCCUUUUCAUUAGGAAAUUCAUGCACAAGCAUGGGGAGGGGUUAUCCCCAAGUGCUGUUCUUUCCAUCUUGAAGCUCCUAAAAAGGGAAAAAUUUAAAGAGACAACCAUUUUGAAGGAAGCGCUGCAUGUCAUUCGAAGCAACUUCUUCCACUACACGUAUGCGGAUGUGGUGUACGUCGUUAAGAUGCUCACCCUUUUAAACCACUUCGAGGAGUCUUUUUUUUCUUUCCUCUUGGAGAAGUUUGUGCCAUUUGGGGGUGCUCUACCGAUUGGCGGUUUAGUUCCGACGUGUGGGGGCAGGCCCUCCACUUGCAAAGCGGUACACACAGGUGAUGAUGGGGAGCGGCCUUCCCGUGGGCAACCCCACUGGAGCGCAGUUGGACGGGCGCACCUCCAAAAGGUGGAAGAGCGGGAUGAGUGGGAUGAGCGGGAUGAGCGGCACCUCCUGGUCAGCCCCGUCCACCGCUUUGCCCAAGUACCACAGAAGAAGGGACCCAUCCAUGAACUGUCCCACCUACCUCUCCAUUUGCACGAACAGAGGGUCAGGAUGAAGCUAGAAGUUUGCAACAUAGUUGGAGGGGAAGAACCCGUAGCAAGAGACACACAAAUGGGGGAAGUCCCCUUCGGUGUGCAGUACCUGGAGAUGUACCUCAGCCUGUUUGUCUACCUGGGGACCUGCGGGCAGAGGGCCUCCGACGCGCUGCUCCGCUUGUCCCAGCUGAUUCGCCAGUGUCUGAUUAAGGGCGGGGGGAGCGGCGAUGGUAGCAGCGGUAGCGAUGGAAGCGGUAGCGCCAAUGCUACUCAGCAGGCCAACCGAUUUCAUAUCAAUCUGCUUAAGCGCGGCGAGCCCCGGUUCGUGUGCCUCCACGACGCCAUUAAGGAAGUUAAGAAGGGGGCCAACUUUGCACUUUUUCCCCUUGACCGAAGAACCCCCGUCAAGCAGAGUGCAGGGCAAAGUUGCUCCCCCCCCCAGCACAAGCCCCAAAAAAAGAGCAAAGCAGAUGUACGCCAACACAGUUCUGCGCACCACCCUGCCGCUACCCCCACUGGGGGGAACAAAUCCUGUCUGAGAUUCUCCUACAAGGAGAGUGAAAAAAUAAACUUAGAAAGUUUAAAAAAAAAAAAAAAAAAAAAAACUAUACAUGGAGGAGACAGAAGCCAGGACAAAAAGGACGUCUCCGAUUGGAAGUACCUAAAUGUAGAGAUGUUUCGGAAGGCCAAACGGUUGCACCUUUCUGGGGAUCAAAAGGGCGGUGGCCAGACGGGGGAAAGAGGUUGCUAUGAGACGACAGGACGAGGGAAAAGGGACUCCGCCGUGGCGAAAUAUUUUGGAGACGUUCACCCUGCUGCUAUUCGCCUUCACAACCGCAGGCUUUUCCGGAGGCACUUCGACGAGCUGCACCCAAGCGAGCGGUACACCGAGAAGGCCCCGCCUAAGGUGCGCCCGAAGAGCGGCCCGAAGAGCGGCCGGGACCUGCGCCUGACAAGGUACAAACAAAUAAGAAACCUGCGCAAUGUGUGUUUGAGGAGGUACGCCCAGUUGUUCAGAGGGGCGUCGGACGAGGCACUGGAGGGAGUAGAGUGGGGGAGCAAAACGGGGGCAGCCUCAGGGGAGGACGGCACGUGUUCACCCGGAAAGGCAUAUGAGCAGACGUACGAACUGCCACACGAAGAGCUAUGCGAACUGCCGUAUGAACCCCCCCUCGACAUGCUGGCCGACGGCAAGCUUAUCCACGUGGACGACGCCCUGCUCGUGGAUUACACCCGGUGCGAAAAUAAAGGGAAGGUGGCCCUGCGCAAGCACAGCCGCUUGGUGCGGAAGAGCAACCAGCUGACCCGUAAGGAGUACGCCAAGAGUGGUGACCCCGUAGAGGAGCAAAACUGGGGAGAAGACAACCCCUCUGGGGAGUUAGUCAAAUGGCUGUACAGAUAUAAAAACUGUUUAAGUCUCUUCCCGGAUGGGAGGAAGAGCGAAAUUCACCUCCUCGAUGGGGACAUAAAGCAGCUGGGGGAGUGCAUGCAGAAGUGGUACCAGCAGAGCGUAACCAAAAAGGAAAGAAUUACAGAGAAGGAGAGGGGAAAGGGAAAAGCCCAAAUAAGUUUAAAGCACAUGGCUCUGAUGACCAACGUGUGUAGCAGUCUGUACCACUUUGAUGAAGCCCUCAUUGAUGUGAUUCUCUCCCAAGUGACGAAAGUGCUCCGUUGGUUCUACACAAGGCAAAAAUGGGAAGAAAAAAAAAGAAUGGAAUCCCAAGAGUUGCAAAGAUGUCCCUCCGUGAGAGAGACCUACCAGUGUAUGUGCCGCUUUACAAACGUGUGGAAAUUCAUAACAGUCUGUUUGCAAAUCAAUCGCUUCGUGCAGAACGUCCUGUCGUUGGACCACCGGCACGGAACAGUCACCAAGCUGGUGCAUCUGUAUGGGAAUCCCUAUACCCUGCUUAACUUAAAUCACCUCACAUGUGUAAUGAACCAGGUGGAGGGGCUGUCACAACAAGUGGAGAGACCCUCCCUAAUGAAAAGGUUCCUCCUGCAGUACCUAGACAUUUCAGCCGUUACUAAUAUGUAUUUCUUUUUUUGCAAAAAUUUAUUCAUUCUGGUGAUGAGCGGUUGGGGCAAUUUGAUGGAGGACGACUUGCAGCUUCUUCUCACCUUCACCUACUCGAUGCUGACCCUCCAGAGGGACUACGCCCGACAGUGGAUUGCCCAUUCGGAUGGUUUGGGUCCCUCGCCGUUCGGGGGAAUGGCUCGUCGGGGAAGCAUCGAAGAUACGACGUUUCUGCGGUGUGUAAAUUUUUUCGUCGUGUUCGUUUGUGCGGCGUAUCCCGGGUGGGGGGGGAAAACGAGGGGGGCAUCCCCGCGGUUGGGAGAGGGCGACUGGAGCGUCGGUCGGAGUGAACGCGUCGGCCAGAGUGAACGAAGCUGCGAGGCAGUUCGAGGCGACGUCCCCCCCGAAGCUGCGCACCGCGUUGACAUGCUCGCCAUUUUGGCCCUCUCACUUAGGUAUGUAAAGUUGUUCAUCCGCGCGAGGGACUUCCCCCCCCCGGUUAGAGGCAAACGUGAGGACCCCACGCGGAUGCACCUGGGAAGGCAAACGGGCAUGAGCACACACACGAAGGCGCGCACCAACGCGCAGGGUCAACUGCUCCCCGCGCUGCAAUUUUACUACCUGCUCAGAAGGACCGUUCGGAAGAGAAACCCGACGGAGAUAAACGAGCUGACGUUCCCCGAAGUUUUCCCCGCCUUCAUCACUAAAUGGCUAAACCAGGAGGGGGUAAAAGAAAUGCCCAUGCGCGAGCUCUUCCCCGUCGGCCGCCUGCAGCGUUGGUCAGUGGAACGCUCCCCGCUGAGCGACUCCUCCACGCCUAGCUCCCACGUCGAUACAACGCUCUGCCAACAUUUCUUCAAUUUUUUUUUCGUUUAA